CCCGCUCGCUCGCUCGCGCGCGCCCCCGCCGCCGCCGCCGCCAUUUUGGAGCGAUCUCGCCCGCGGCCCCGAGCCGGUCCCGAGCGGGUCCCGAGCCUCCCGCCGGCUGCGCCCGAGUCCGAAGGCGCCGCGCCGCGGGGUCGGGCCCAUGUGCGUGCGGCCCGCUCCAGGCCGUCCGCACUUCACCUCUGCGAGCGUCCUGGCCUCGCUUGGGCCUCCCUCGGAGGAGGAGUCGCUGCGACCCCCAGCCUGCUGGGCAGGUAAACCAGCCAAAACUAUUCCCUGAAUGAAAACACCUUUUUUUAAAGUUGCAUAUAUACACAAGAAAAAACCGAAAUGCUUUUUAUUUUGCCUGAAUGCAAGAUUUAAACAAGGUAUUGCCAUAGAAGUCUCUACCACAGAGUGUUCUGUUGGACCCUUUCAUGGAACUGUAGCAUCAUAUGGGCGACACUUGUGUUUGAAUCCUAUCCUCUGUCUUCCGGUUCUGUCACCCUGGGAAAUAAAGAAGCAGGACUUGAGGCUCCUUUCACUCAUUCGCUGCUGGGAUCAAUGUCCAGGGCCAAGGCAGUUUUAUUUGUAUGGAUUUCUGUUUACUGCUGCAUUAUAGAGGUUGCAGAAUCCCUUAAGCUCUGCGACCGCCAUCAUGUUCUGGAAAUUUGACUUGAACACCACGUCCCACGUUGACAAGCUCCUGGACAAGGAACAUGUGACCCUGCAGGAGCUGAUGGAUGAAGAUGACAUCUUGCAGGAGUGUAAGGCCCAGAACCAGAAGCUGCUGGACUUCCUGUGCAGGCAGCAGUGCAUGGAGGAGCUGGUGAACCUCAUCACACAGGACCCACCCCAGGACAUGGAAGAGAAGGUCCGAUUCAAAUACCCAAACACAGCCUGUGAGCUUCUGACUUGUGAUGUGCCACAGAUCAGCGACAGACUAGGCGAGGACGAGAGUCUGCUGAACCUUCUCUAUGACUUCCUGGACCAGGAGCCGCCACUCAACCCUCUGCUUGCCAGUUUUUUCAGCAAGACCAUUGGCAAUCUUAUUGCAAGGAAAACUGAACAGGUGAUCAUGUUCCUGAAGAAGAAGGAGAAAUUCAUCAGCCAGCUCCUGAAGCACAUAGGCACCUCAGCUCUCAUGGACCUGCUGCUGCGCCUGGUCAGCUGUGUGGAGCCAGUUGGUCUCCGGCAGGAGGUCCUACAUGUGCUGCCUGGAGGUCAGGAAGGGUCCAUCUCUCAGUCUGGAGUGUGGGUAGCUGUGCUGCUAGGAAGGAUGUUGUAGCAGUCCCUGGGAAGAAGAACAGGACGCCCAGCCUGGAGGUGGCUGAAUGAAGAGAAAAUCAUCCAGAGAAUUGUGGCAUUGAUCCAUCCCCACCAGGAUGAAGAUGUGAGUGCGAUGCUCACAGAGCCCACCUUCUUACACGGACACACCCACCCAGGCUCUUGGAAAACAUGCUGCUGUGUGAAGGGGAGGCAGUCAAAUGCUUCUCAGGCACUCUGUGACAUCAUCAGGCUGGGCAGAGACCAGGGCAGUCAGCUGCAGGAGACUGUGGAGCCAGACCCCCUCCUCAUAACAUUGGAGUCGCAGGACUGUGUGGAGCAGCUUCUGAAGAACAUGUUUGAUGGGGAUCAGACGGAGAGCUGCCUGGUCAGUGGGAUGCAGGUGCUGCUUGCCUUGCUGGAGCCAAGGCGUGUUGGAACAGAAGGCUUGGUGGACUCCUUUUCUCAGGGACUGGAAAGGUCACACUCCGUCAGCAGCAGCAUCCUUCGUGGCAUCGAGCCAUGGCUGAAGAAUUUCCAUCAGCUCCUCCUCAACCCACCAAAGAAAAAAGCAAUCCUGACCACUAUUGGUGUGUUAGAGGAGCCCCUGGGGAAUGCUCGUCUUCAUGGUGCACGCCUCAUGGCUGCACUGCUGCACACAAACACACCUGGCAUCAACCAGGAGCUCUGCCGGCUCAACACCAUGGACUUACUGCUGGACUUGUUCUUUAAGUACACCUGGAAUAACUUUUUGCACCUCCAAGUGGAACUAUGCAUAGCCGCUAUUCUUUCCCACGCUGCUCGGGAGGAGCAGGCAGAAGCCAGUGGAUCCGAUGGCAAGGUGGAGCCUCUGCAGGGCAGUGGAGAUGGGAAUGGGAAGCUGGAGACCACCCCAUCCAUCACCAGCCCUCCUGAGAACACAAUGGUGACCCAUCUGUUCCAGAAGUGCUGCCUGGUACAGAGGAUCCUGGAAGCCUGGGAAGCCAAUGACCACACACAGGCAGCAGGUGGUAUGAGACGUGGGAAUAUGGGCCACCUCACAAGGAUCGCCAAUGCAGUUGUACAGAACCUGGAGCAGGGCCCGGUGCAGGCCCACAUCAGUGAAGUCAUCCGAGGGCUCCCUGCAGAUUGCCGUGGACGCUGGGAGAGCUUUGUGGAAGAGACAUUGAUGGAGACCAACCGCAGGAACACUGUGGACCUGGUGAGCACUCACCACCUUCACUCCUCAAGUGAGGACGAGGACAUUGAGGGGACUUUCCCUAACGAGCUGUCCCUUCAGCAGGCCUUCUCUGAGUACCAGAUCCAGCAGAUGACAGCAAACUUUGUGGAUCAGUUUGGCUUCAAUGAUGAGGAGUUUGCAGACCAGGAUGACAACAUCAACGCCCCAUUUGACCGGAUUGCAGAGAUCAACUUCAACAUUGAAGCCGAUGAGGACAGUCCCAGUGCAGCUCUGUUUGAAGCCUGUUGCAGUGAUCGGAUCCAGCCCUUUGAUGAUGAUGAAGAGGAGGACAUUUGGGAAGAUGACGAGACUCGAUGCGCUGCCCGGGUGAUGGCCAGAGCCAGGUUUGGAGCCCCUCAUGUCUCAGAUAAUUACUCAAAGAAUGCUUUGGAACAUGGAGGCCAGGACAGGAAGACUGGCUCAGCAGUAGCUAGGAAUGUGCCUGGAUUGGCCGCUCCUUCAUCUCCUACACAGAAAGAAGGUCCUCGCUCAGAGAGUGAUUCAGCAGGUACUACAUGGACAGCAGUUUUUGAUGAGCCAGUGAACCCGCUGUCUGCAACCCCAGGAGCUGCGAGGGAUGUGGGUUCUAGUGCAUGGGCGGCUGGUCCUUCAGUUGUAGAGGAGAAAGGCUGGGCCAAAUUCACCGACUUCCAGCCUUUCUGCUGCUCUGAGACAGGGCCCCGGUGCAGCUCUCCUGUGGACAUGGACCACAGCAAUGCCGAGGGUGGCCAGAGUCCAGGCCCAGAGAAAACCUUUGGUCCUACCUCGCCUUGUGCCUGGAAUGUGUGUGUCACUAGGAAGGCCCCCCUGGUAGCCUCUGACAGCAGCUCCUCUGGGGGAUCUGACAGUGAAGAUGACGAGAAGGCAGCGGGUGCUGUGGAAGCUGUGUGCACAGGCCAUACUGGAAAGGUCUCCCCACCACCCAGGACAGCGGAGGCUGCUGUUGGCAGGGCUGAGUGUCCUGACAGUACCGUGUUAGCCCCUGCCUGCCCCGCACCUUCAGAAGUGACCAUCAGUCCUGCCGUGGCUACCAUAGCACCAAGCAAGGCAGGCUCUCCCACGGCCACCAUAGUGGUCUCUUCCUCAGUGGCUGCUGCAGUGCCCCCAGGACCGAUCGUGGCAGUAACCACAGCAGCCCCAGCCAUAGUUGCCACCCUGGGGACGAUGACAAAGGACAGGAAGGCAGAUGCCCUGCCAGAAGGCGCUGCCUUAAAUGGUCCUGUGUAACUGCUGCCACCCGGCCGUGGCCCGCCCUGGUCAGGCUGCUUCCUUAAUCAAGAAAACUACCUGGUGAUGCAAUUUUUUUUUUUAAUUUAACUUUAAAAUAAAUGCUGCAUUUGGUAAAGCUGGCAGUGGAACCAGUUGGAUGACCCAGCUCCUGUCUCUCCUACCUGCCCUUGGUCCUUUUGGAAGACAGAUGGACCUGGCCACUCCCUGUCCAGGUCUUGGUCUGGCAAUGAGGCCCCUGACUUGCAGCUUCUACCUGCAGGACUUGGUGAGGGAACAAGACCCUACGGUGCCAGCACCGUCAGAUGGGCAGGAAGGGGGAGGAGCACCAGGCUCUGGUUUCAUCUGUACUUUUUAAUGCACGGAGGAAAAGCCUUUUUUUUUUUUUUUUUUUUUUUUUUUUGCACUUUGUACCCAGCUACAAUACAGGGUCUCUCUUGGCUCACGGCAGAUGUAAAGGCCUGAGUUGGAGAGACCUGAUCCCCAAUAAUAAUAAUACAUGGGGGUCUGGCACUAGUUUGGCCAUAUGAGGUCAAACCCCAGUUCUAGCUGCCCUGAGGCUCCUGGGAGCUGGCAUUGAAUCAGGCUACAAAUUUUGACUGCCUUAAAAACAAAAGACCCUCUGGACCUGACGGAGUUGUCUCUGUGCUCAGCAGGCAGACUUGGCAGACUUGGGUGGGUGUUGGCGCUGCAUCAGACAUGUAAGAGUGGGCACAGAAGACCACUGGGAGGCUGAGAGACAGGGCGGGCCCAUAUUGUCCACGAAGAGUCUAAAAGUCUAUGUUGUCUUUUUUUUUUUUUUUUUUUUAAAUGUUCUGACCUUCUGACAGGGCAUCCAACCCCCAAUAAAAAGUAUUCUUAUUGAAAAA